AUGCCAGAGUGCAAUCGUUGCUCGACACCUACUCCACGCCGACUGGGUCAUCUCGUUCGAAAUAACUUAGCUUGCUUCGUCACACGAACAAGACCAAAUCAUUCUGUGCUUCGUGACAGUUUCCACCAAAUCGAAUCGAGAGGACCGCAAGAGGGGCCGAUGGAGCCCUGCGAGAUCGCGCGCCUGCCGGAGGAGCUGCUGUCGGUGGCGCUCUCCCGCACGUCGCCGCGCGACGCUUGCCGCGCUGCGGUGGUCUCCCCGGCCUUCCGUGCCGCGGCCGAUUCCGACACCGUCUGGUCCUGCUUCCUGCCACCGCUGGACGAACUCCCGCCGCUCACCGACGGAGAGCCUUGCAGGAAGAAAGACCUGUUCCUCCGCCUCUCCGGCAGACACGUCCUCCUCCCAGGCGGACUCAUGAGCAUGUGGCUGGACAGGGAGACCGGCGCCAAGUGCUACAUGGUGUCGGCGAGGGCGCUGUCCAUCGCGUGGCGCGACACUCCACGCUACUGGAACUGGGUCCCUCUCGCAGAUUCGAGGUUCUCCGAGACUGCUGUACUCAGGUUAGUUUGCUGGUUGGAUAUCCCUGGCAAGAUAGAUAGCAAGAUACUCUCCAAGGGGUCAGUCUAUGCCGCACACAUCGUGUACAAGUUGGCCGACAGUUCUUAUGGGCUGGACUCGCCGAUCCAAGAGGCAUCAAUUAGAGUUGGAGGCACCAACCUGACCCGCAAGGUCUGCCUCCAACCUAACCCGCAAAGAAGCAUGAGCCAAAACCGCCGUGCAGAGGACGUAGUGCUCCCUCGGCAAAGGGGCGAUGGCUGGAUGGAGCUGGAGCUGGGCGACUUCACCUGCGACGGGGAUGAAGAUGGUGAUGUGUCCUUUGGCGUUUCGGAGACCAAGGCUUUGAACGGGAAGAGCGGCCUGGUCGUGCAGGGCAUCGAGAUCAGGCAUAAGAAAUCAGGCUAA